AGUCAUUUUGUUUGACUUACUCUAGUUCCUGUUGGCCACAGUUGUACUAUUUUUAAACAGACCUGAAGUUAUCAAUACUUUUCAUGAUUAUUCUUUUCGUUAUCAUAUCCUGCACGCUGUGUUUUAGAUUUGGCAUAUAGACAUCGCUGCGUGACGUUAAUGUGGCUCAUUUGUGGCAGGCGUCACUUGUUAGCUUGUACUGUUAGCUCGCUGCGAUGUGAGCAGAAAUGGCAGCCAACGUAGGUUUUACUCUCUGACAAGUCCUGAACCCCUGUUUACAAUGACGAGUGAGGAAGCCAAGAGCGCCGUGGUGAACGACGAGGAAGCCCGUCCUCCGUCCGAGUCAAACGAGCACGAUUAUGCCGACACCGCCGCUGAUCUCCAAAGAGAUGCAGAGGAGGAGCUGCCCAAAGCGACCGGUCAGCGCGGCCGUCGGCGGGCGAGGGUCCAGGAGGACAAGACGUGCUGUUGCUGCUGCAGCGAACACUUCGAGCGACAAGGCCGAGGCUUUAAUAGGAGGGCCGUGUUUACCUUCACCACCCCGGAGGCCGCCCAGUGGGUCUUCCCAGACGCGGCGACCGUCAGUAAGAAGUCGUUUGUGUGCGAAACCUGCGCCCAGGUCAUCAGGACAAAGUGUUGGCGCAAAAACAACGGCAAGCGGGUUGUGUGGCUCAAACCUCCUUCUGCGAAACAGGCGAAUGUUCAACACAAGAAAAGAGGCUUCAGGAUGGGCAAGAAGAGCAAAGCAGCGCUGCUGGUGAGCAAGUCCUGCUACAAGUCUGCCUUCCGGACUCUUUGGUCUGCCAAGGGCGCCAGGAAGCCCAUGAUGGACUUCUUGAGUAGAGAGCUGAGAGAGGAGAUGAAGGUGCUGUCCCGCCAUGCUGACAGUCCUUUCCACCAGAAGGUGUCAAGCAAAAAGCUGCUGUCCUUCUUCCCUUGGGCGCACUGCCUGAGCUGGGCCCAGGAACAUGCUCCGCUCAUCACCACCUGCCUGCGCUCCAUGUUUCCCACCGUCAAUGCCCUCGUCAAGAGCAGCCACCAGCUGUCGCAGGAGGAGGCGCAGAUGCAGGUGGUGCGACGCAGUGUGCUGACACUGGCGGUCCCGCUCUUCACCAGGAACAUCUGGAAGAACAACUUCCUGCAGGCAGCGCUGGGGGCCAAGCUCCGCCUUCAGGGCUGCUCUGGCUCUGCCCUUGACACCCUCAACAGCCUGGGACUUUGCCAGAACAAGGACACAGUCAGGUUACGGCUUCACCAGCUGCGCGGCAGCAGCAAGACUAACGGAGGGCAGAGGCUGGGUGAAGAUCAGGUGGCAGACAUCGAGGAAGAUGAUGUUGAGGAUGAGGAGGAAGAGGAAGACGAGGAAGAAGACGAGGAGGAGGAGGAUGAAGAGCAGGAUGUAGUGCAAGAAGAAGAAGAAGAGAUGGAAAAGAGGAGGAGGAAGAAGCAGAGGAAGCGAGAGAGAGAGAAGCAUGAGGAAGAAGAGCUGGAGGACGACGACGAAGGCUCAGAGCAGAGGAAGAGGAGGGUGGUGGUGGUGAGGCUCGGCCUGCUGAAGGGGCACUCGGAGGUCGGGCGAUCCGACCUAUCGGCUCCCUGAUGUCACAGAACGCUCCAAUCAUGGAGCAGGACAGAGGCGCCACCCUCAUUCCUGUUGGUUUGUCAAAUCAGACCAAUCUGUUUGAAGAUGCUUGUAAAAUUAGCUCAUCUAAUCUGAGGAAACAAAAAACUGGUCACAUUUUAUUUGCAUCAUUUUAAUUCCUCCUGGUUUCAUGUUUGUUUUUUGUACACAUUUCAAACUUCGGUUAAAUUGUUCCAAAAGCAACAGGUUUAAUUUCCACAAAGACUUGUAGAUACAGUACUGUAGUUUUAGUUUCUCAAGGGUUGGAACACUUAGAAAUAUUUUCUAUAUCUGUUUAAUUUCUAAGGACAGACCUUUUCUUGCCUUUGAGUUCAAAUUGAAGCCAACCUUGUAAAUAUCACCAGUAAAAUAUUUCAAGCAUAAGAGCUGCACGUUUGAUUCCCAGCCACUGCUCCGGUGCAUCAUCGAUGCUGUGUUCUACUUCAUCCAGUGACAAAUUAUUCCAGUUAAAACAGCAAGGAUGACUAAGUGUUUUAUUUGCGUAACAGUCAUUUACAGCAACCAAAACAUCCAAAGAAACUGCGGCUACAUUAAAUAAUUCUGCUGACCUUCA